CUUCCGGAUGUUGUUCCUUCUCCAAGGCAAGACUGUGAAAGACUCAGAAAAGCCUUCCAAGUAGUACAAACACCUCCUGGUACUACUACAUGUUUGAAUGUAGUUUUGUGCUAUUCAUGUAUUCUGGAUUCAUGGUUAGGCCUGGGAACCGACGAAAAGGCAGUCAUAAAGGUGUUGGGACAUAGAAAUGCAAGUCAGAGGAGGAUAAUCGGAGAAACUUAUCAGCAGCUUUACAAUAAGUGCCUCAUUGAUGAUCUUAAUGCUGAAUUGUCCGGUGACUUCAGGAAAGCUGUUAUCCUGUGGAUUUAUGAUCCUCCUGAAAGAGAUGCAAGGCUGGCAAAUGAAGCCUUGAAUUCCAGGAGGAAAGGUGUCAAUGAACUGCAAGUAAUUGUUGAGAUAGCAUGUGCAUCAUCUCCUCACCAUUUGAUUGCUGUAAGACAAGCAUAUUCAAUUCUAUGCGACAGUUCACUUGAAGAAGACAUCAUAUCAAAUGUUCCAAUGUCUCUCCAAAAGGACAUUUUGAAUUGUCGCAAAGGAAAUUUGGAAUCCAUUUUGAAGGUGGCCAUUUGGUGCAUUGACGCCCCUGAAAAGCACUUUGCAGAGGUGAUUAGAGCUUCCAUUGUUGGGCUUGGGACUGAUGAGGAUUCUCUGACUAGGGUGAUAGUAACUCGAGCAGAGAUAGAUAUGAUGAAAGUUAAGGGAGAAUAUUUCAACACCAACAAAACCAGUCUUGAUAGUGCAGUUAUUGGUGACACUUCAGGGGAUUAUCAAGAUUUCCUCAUGGCUUUAUUGGAACAAACGUCUAAAUUGCUGCACAUGGCAAGGAUCCUAUCCUCUAUUCAUAUGAAUGUAUGA